AAAAAAAAAAAAAAAAAAAAUGUCAGUGGCAUCAUCUUCAAUCCCAUACAUCAACUUCUCAACUUCAUCAUCUUCAUCACCCUCCUCUUCUUCCUCAUCUCCUUCCCAAUCUUCCUCCACCUUCAGAUUUAAGCCCUCCAUUCCCACCAUUCGCUGCUCCCAAUCCGAUGGCCCUCUCAGACGACCUCUCGCUCCCACUCCUCCCACUACUCUCAAACCCGUUCCUCCAUCUCGUCCUCCGCCGCCCCAGCCGCAAUCGCCGGCGAAGCCUGCGGCGGUGGUGGAGGAGGGUAAGAGUGUGAUUACGUUGGAGUUUCAGAGGCAAAAGGCGAAGGAGCUUCAGGACUACUUUAAGCAGAAGAAGCUUGAUGAGGCUGAUCAAGGGCCUUUCUUUGGAUUCAUUGCCAAGAAUGAAAUCUCCAAUGGCAGAUGGGCAAUGUUUGGUUUUGCUGUUGGGAUGCUAACAGAGUAUGCAACAGGCUCGGACUUCGUUGAUCAAGUAAAGAUUCUUCUCUCCAAUUUCGGGAUUGUAGACUUGGAGUAACUUAUCUGUUUGAUUUCCAAUGCUACAAAUACGUACUCUAUGUUUGAUGUAAUUUCUGUAGUUAAAUCCAAUGUUUCAUCUGCCACUUUUUUUGAGUAAAUUUUCAAUUUUCAUUUGUUUGAAUCACUUAAUUGUCUGUAUUCUCACUAUUUACAUGAAUUUCAAAAAACACAAAUUGUUGUGUAUAA